AUGCAAAGAAUGCAGAAUGAUGUGGAGAGGAGGAUGCAAUGGAUGCAGGGGGCUUACCAAAUCCCACCUCACCACCUUAACCUAGGACAGAGGGCAAUUCAGAAUGGACCUCCUGCCACCCCCAGAGAAAUGCUCCUCAGCAGACGAUUGAAUGGAAAUGGAAACUUUGAGCUCUCCCUAGAUGUGGACCAGGUUCCUCCAGAGGAACUGACUGUAAAGACAGAAGGAAGGAAACUGAUUGUGACAGGAAAACACGACAAGAAAAGGGAGGCAGAGGACGGCAGAAUUGUCCACGAACACAGAGAGUGGCACAGAGAAGCCGAGCUCCCGGAAGACGUGAACCCCAAGGAUGUGCUGUGCUCCAUGUCCAGGGAUGGACGACUCCACUUCCAGGCACCUCGCCUGGCACUGCCUGCUGCUGAACACCGAAUUGUCCCACUCCAUAGAGAAAUACACAUCCCCAUCCGGAUGGACUCAAAGUGGGCAAUACACUGA